AGUUCAAUUGUAAGGUUCCAACGUUUAUAGAAGUUAACUGCUUAACUCUCACGAACUUAAAAACCUCCAGUGGCGGAAAUCCCGCCAACUGAAACCCUAACUUCAAUGGAUCCCCAGGAUUCCACCGACCAAUCAAAUCUUUCAGAAAACCCUCCGCCUCCAUUUUCCGCCGGAAUCAACCUACCGGAAAAGCGCAAGCGUGAAGCCGACCCCGACCCCGAACCCUCAACUGACAAGACGAAGCACCCUCUGUGGAAAACGAGUCUUUGCUCCUACUUCAGGAGGUCCAGCGAAUCGUGCAGCCACGGCGAGUCUUGCCGCUACGCUCACGGAGAGGAGGAGCUCCGGCUGCGCCCCGACAAUACGUGGGACCCCACCUCGGAGCGGGCCAAGAAGAUGACCAAAACUGAUGACCAGGAACAAGCGGUGGAGGAGAGCGGCGUAAUGAUGACGGAGGCGUUGGAGGAGGACGGGGAGGAGUCUUCUUCUGGUUUAUCCAAAUGCUUCGUCAACUUGCCUAUGAAGUGGAGUUCGGAUAACUUUAGGAUUUUUCUGAACGAGCAGGGAGUCAUGUUCAAAUCAGCAAAGAAAAAGAAAGGAAUGAUAGUUGGAUUUGUUACUUUCGAAAGUGCAGAACAAGUUAAGGCUGCUGUGCAGGAGCUGGAUGGUAAAACUAUUGGAAAUAAUAGAACAUUAAAGGUCUCGGAUGUCAUUCAGCGGCCGUUUGAGAAAAACAAUAAAACUGCAUUGCCUGAAAAGCCAUCUCCAGAUGGUAAUGUGACUACACAUAAUGAUGAUGUGAACGACAGCUUACUUCCUAGCGAUUCAGCCUUAAAGGGUAGAAGUGCACGUGAUGCUGUGACUCCUCUUGCUCACAUGUCCUAUUCUGAUCAGUUAGAGCACAAGAAAAACUCUUUGGCACAAAUCCUCAAAAGACUCACUCGCAAUGCACGUAAGGCAUGUCCAAAUGGCAUUUCACUUCCAGAAUGGAUUCUGAAGGCUAGAGAAAUAGGUGGUCUUCCAUGCAAAUUAGAGGGUAUAAUUGAGUCACCCCUUAUUAAUGGAUACCGUAACAAGUGUGAAUUCUCUGUUGGAAAUUCAUUGCAAGGCAAGCACACAGUGGGCUUUUUACUUGGGAAUUUCAGGGAAGGUGUGACUGCUGUUGAGGAACCCAUAGACUGUCCAAAUGUCUCUAAAAUUGCUUGCAAAUAUGCCACUGUCUUUCAAGAAUUUCUGCAGCAGUCGUGCUUGCCCAUAUGGAACAGAUUGAACAAUACUGGGUUCUGGCGUCAACUUACGGUCCGUGAGGGUAGGAAACCUUGCCAGACAGUUGACGUUGACAAUGCUGAGGCUAGCAUUUCAGAGGUCAUGCUCAUAGUUCAGGUUUGCACCCUGGGUUCCGAUGAAGGACAGGUAAAAGACGAAAUUCAUCGGUUAGCUCAAGCUUUUUCUGCAGGAUCUACUGCAGAAUCUCCUCCAUUACCUUUAACAACUCUUGUAAUUCAGGAUCAUACAGGAAUAUCGAACGCUGCACCACCCGAUGCCCGUUUGCGGUAUAUUUUUCUCCAUAGAGGAGGUGAUUGUGGACUAGAGAUAGCUGAGGAUGUUGUAGAACCGAGAAUUCAUGAUCACAUAAGCAAUCUCCGGUUUUCUAUAUCUCCAUCUGCCUUCUUUCAGGUUAACACCCUUGCUGCGGAGAGGUUGUAUUCACUUGCUGGGGACUGGGCCGAUUUGGGUCCUGAUACUUUACUCUUUGAUGUUUGCUGUGGGACUGGGACUAUUGGUCUGACUUUAGCUCACCGUGUUGGUAUGGUUGUUGGUAUUGAAAUGAAUGCUUCUGCUGUUUCAGACGCAGAAAGAAAUGCAGAAUCCAACGGCAUUAAAAAUUGCAGAUUUGUCUGUGGAAAGGCUGAGGAUGUUAUUGGGUCGUUGAUGAAAGAGUACCUAUCUUUGCCUGAAAAGCAAGAUGAAGUCAUCAAGACAUCAGAAAAUAACGAGUCUGAAGCCAAUUCUGCUGAAGAAAAUAUAAACUCUGUCAACAAUAUGCCUGGAACCGAAGAUAGCUCUAUUGUUAACCAUGAAAAUGGUCAUGGUGCCAGUGGAUGUUCAAAAGACGAGGCUAAGUUAGAGAAGCAUUGCACUUCAGAAAGUAGUAGUAUACCAUUGCGACAAUUUAGAAACGUUGUUGCAAUAGUGGAUCCGCCACGUGUCGGACUUCAUCCCAUUGUAAUCAAGGUUCUGAGGACGCAAUCGCGUUUGAGGAGGCUUGUCUACAUUUCCUGCAAUCCCGAGAGUCUGGUGGCAAAUGCUAUCGAGCUAUGCACGCCAUCACCCGAUAAAUCUGAGAAAGGAAAUAAUAAGAACAAUAGGGGAUGGAGAAAUAUGAGCGCAGCUGGUUUAGCCCGGCACAGAGCCAAGUCUAUGCCCGAUUCCGAGCCAUUCAAACCCGUGAAAGCGAUGGCCGUUGAUCUUUUUCCUCAUACACCCCACUGCGAGCUGGUAAUGCUGCUUGAGAGGUGAAUAAGCAUAAACAUGAGUUGUAAAUCAAUCUACUUUAUGCUAUUCCAUUUUCUUUCAAUUCUAACUACUAUAAUAACUAGCAGCUGAGCUUUCUUGAGACUUUGUUACUGUUUGAUCAUAAAUUUUUGCUCUACAGUUUGAUUCUAUAUUAUUGAAACAUUAUGGUCUCUAA